CACGGGUUCAGUCUAUGCUUGGAGACGAAUCGGUUCGGAUCGGUGCAUUUAGCUGUGCUAUUCCAGAGGCAGCAAUAAAGUAGCGCUGAGAUUAGGCGCUAACAGCCACUUGCUGGCCUCUACACUUAGCUCUAUUUCAAAGUACCCUCAUCAGCUUAGAUCAGAAAGCUUCCUGACAAGUGUUAAUUGUGUUGCUAUAGAUAACGAGUAGCAACGACGUGUACUGAUUAAGUCUCGGUUGGAUAAAGUGUACAAUGUGAUAAUAGUGAACUGAUCUUGUGCAGCGAAACAACAAGUAAAAACCGGGCCCCACAAACAGUGACUGCAUUUCUUCGGGGUGUUAAGGAAAGCCCGACGGCCACAAUGAUAGUGGGACUCACAUUGAAGCAAAAAACGGCAACACUGGCAUGCAUCACAGCUGCAGCAUGUGCGUUGUCAUUAGUGAUCGGGAGAAGCAUGAUUCCACAGACGUUGCUGUCCGGAAUUGUUCUGUAUUUGCUCACCGGUGAUCGACCUACGUUAGUGUACUCGAUGUACCGAACGUUUCCCAGGGAUGCCCUUGCAGUGGUAGCCUUCGUCCGCCUUAAUAUUGCCAUUCAUUUGCGAAACGAAAACAAGACGGUGGUCUCAGCAUUCGAGGAUGUCGCUGCCCGGCAACCGACGAAACUGGCUCUUAUCAUGGACGAUACCCGGCUGACUUUUGCCGACAUGAAGCAACUUUCGGAUCGAAUCGGUAGCUUUUUUCACGCGAAAGGAUUCCGCAAGGGUGAUACGGUAGCGCUGAUGAUGGAAACCCGCACCGAGUAUCCGUGCGUCUGGCUCGGGCUGGCCAAAUUGGGGGCCGUAACGGCUCUGAUCAACACCAAUCUGCGGCGAGAAACGCUGAGACAUUCGAUUGUGGCGGCCAAUUCGAAAGCAAUCAUCGUUAGCCCGGAGCUGGCUGGUGCAAUUGCGGAAGUUUUGGACCAGGAAGGAGUGAAGGGCCUUCCGAUGUUCGUGUACGGUACGGAGCAAUCAUCAGUUCCGGUGGAAUGUGCGCAACUACCAGAUGCUGUCGACUUGAGGUACGCUUUGAAUGACGUUCCCAGCGGUGAAGACUUAAGCGCUAUCUGGAAUGAUAUAUCACCGAGGGAUAAAUUAGUCUACAUCUAUACCUCCGGUACGACCGGGCUGCCCAAGGCGGCUGUGAUCACCAAUUCCAGAUUCAUCAUGAUGGGUAGCGGAGCUUACUACAUGCUGAACCUACGCUCCGAUGACAUCAUUUACAACCCGUUACCACUGUAUCACUCCGCAGGCGGAAUGGUCGGUAUGGGAUGCGUAAUGCUUUGCGGGUUGACAGCAGCCCUGAGGAAAAAGUUCUCCGCUUCAAACUUUUUCACGGAUUGUAUCAAGUACAACUGCACGGUCGCACAAUACAUCGGUGAAAUUUGUCGGUUUGUAUUGUCCAGUCCUCCGAAACCAACCGACACCCAGCACAAAGUUCGAGUCGCGUUCGGGAAUGGACUGAGGCCGCAAAUCUGGACCCAGUUUGUUUCGCGAUUCAAUGUCAAGCAAAUAGCCGAGUUUUACGGCUCGACCGAGGGGAACUCCAAUUUGAUGAACAUUGAUAACACGGUAGGAGCGGUUGGAUUCGUGCCGGCAUUUGCUCGUAAAUUGUAUCCAGUUACUUUAGUACGUUGUGAGGAGGAAACUGGAGAGGUUAUUCGCAAUGCUGACGGAUUUUGCAUUCGCUGCAAACCGGGAGAGCCUGGAGUAUUUAUCGGAAAAAUCAACCUAAAGAAUGCACUGAACUCGUUUGUUGGUUAUGCGGAUAAGAAAGCGUCCGAAAAAAAGGUGCUGCGAGAUGUGUUUACCAAGGGUGAUAUGUACUUCAAUUCGGGCGAUAUUCUGGUGGAAGAUUUGUUCGGUUAUUAUUACUUCAAGGAUCGCACGGGAGAUACAUUCAGAUGGCGAGGAGAAAACGUUGCCACAUGCGAAGUUGAAGGAGUUAUCACUAGUAUUGUUGGGCUAAAGGAUUGUGCCGUCUAUGGAGUUGAUAUUCCCGAGGUCGAGGGCAAAGCUGGAAUGGCAGCCAUCGUGGACACCGACCGAAAACUCGACAUGGAACAGUUGGCCGUCGGAAUACGCGCUUGCUUGCCCCCGUAUGCUCGGCCUCUCUUUAUCCGAGUUUUAUCGGAGCUUCCCAUGACGACAACUUUCAAAUUGAAGAAACGUGACUUGCAACUGGAUGGCUAUGAUAUCAGGAAAAUCAACGAUCCCAUCUACUUCCUGCAGGGUAAUGGCUCUUACCGAUUGUUUACCCAAGCGGAUUAUGAGGUUGUGAGUAGCGGUAAGGGGAAAUUUUAGAGGCGCUCGAAUGGUUGCAAUCAGUUGUACCACGAUGCAACGAAAAGACAUUUUGUCGCAAUUUUCAAUUGACUGAUAGAUAUUUUUAGCACUAACCACGUUGAAUAGCUUAAGAGUCAUGAUAUUAUUUUAACUAGCGUAAUUUAUCUUUAGUUCAAUCCUGUUCCCAUAAUAGAUAUAUUGUUUGUCGAUAUUAAAUGAAGUAAACGUAAUAUAGGACUUUUAGUUUAUCAUCAAAUAUUUGUUUGGAGAUAGUGAUUUGCGAAUUUCAUAAAAUGGUGUCAGAGGCCGUUACCUUCCUACCAAUUAAAGAUGCGCUCUAGCAUCAGUGAAUAGCUCAACUGUAGUCCCUAUGUAAUUAUUAUACUAGAAUUAUUGGACUAUUGAAAUCGUACUUGUAGUUUGUAGAUACUUACGGUAGCUUUAUUGCGACUUCUGAAUAUCAAAUCUAGAUGGCAGCACCAUUUACAUGAUAACGUCAAAUUUAUAUAAGUGAAUUUUUUCCAUUGUCUAGAAUACCAAAAGAAGAAGAACUCAAACGAGAAGCUAUCUUUUCUAUAGUUCCAUCAUUUUUGUACUAGGAAAAAAAUAAUUUGAAUGAUUA